CCCUCCCGAACUAGGACUCGAACUCGGGUACUCCGACUUCUCGAACUUCCGAAACAGCUCAACUCGACGUCGAAAUCGGACACACCUUUACAGAGGGGUGGUGGUGGUGGUGAAUUUGCAUUAAAACGGUCCAUCCAACAUUUCCGUCCGGAUCAGUUCGCAUGGCAACAGUUCCAUCGGACCACACAAAGGGCCUACAACUGGGUUGGGCUUGUUCGUGUGUUGUGUGCAUAG